UUCAUUAACUUUCAUUAACUAGGGCAUCGCCCCCAGCUUAGCUGCAGGGUUUGCAGCUGGGGGUUUCCUUCCUCCCAGCGAUGCCUGUCCUAGCUGCUGCCGGCAGUCACCAGUCACGAGCGGCUGCUGGAGGGAGCUGACAGCAAUGGCAUUUCUCUCCAUCGCAGCCGACAGCAGCCGUCUCUAAAGUGAAGGAGAGAGUGGCGUUUUCAACCGGCAAGCGGGGAGCUGCCCUCCAGGUUCUGACAUCAGCUGGAAAUAAAUCUCUCAAGAUUGAGUCUUUUUGAGUAAAGAGAAGAUAAGAUGGCGUCAAUGUUGCUCAGUCGACAGCUGACCUGUUGCCUGCAGCAAAACUCCAGACUGCUUGUGUUUGGACACAGAUAUAUCAGUCAAGCUGCAGCUAAAAUUGAUGUGGAUUUUGAUUAUGAUGGACCUUUGAUGAAGACAGAAGUUCCAGGACCACGAUCUAGAGAAUUAAUGAAGCAGCUGAAUGGCAUUCAGAAUGCAGAAGCUGUACACUUCUUUUGCAACUAUGAAGAGAGCAGAGGCAACUACCUAGUAGAUGUAGAUGGCAAUCGCAUGCUGGAUCUCUACUCCCAGAUUUCAUCCAUUCCAAUAGGUUACAGCCAUCCCUCUCUGAUAAAGCUUCUACAGCAGCCACAGAACUUGAGCACCUUUAUCAACAGACCUGCCCUAGGGAUUUUACCUCCAGAGAACUUUGCAGAAAGACUGAAAGAAUCUCUGUUAUCAGUGGCUCCUAAGGGCCUGUCUCAGGUGGUGACCAUGUCUUGUGGAUCCUGCUCUAAUGAAAAUGCCUUUAAAGCAAUAUUUAUAUGGUACAGAAACAAGGAGAGGGGCCACAAUAAUGUCACAAAAGAGGAGCUGGAAUCUUGCAUGAUUAACCAGCCCCCCGGCUGCCCCGACUACGCCAUGCUCUCCUUCAUGGGCGGCUUCCACGGGAGGACCAUGGGUUGCUUAGCUACAACUCACUCUAAAGCAAUUCACAAACUGGACAUUCCAUCACUGGACUGGCCUAUUGCUCCCUUUCCAAGGCUAAAGUACCCUCUGGAAGACUUUGUGAAGGAGAAUCAACAGGAAGAAGCCCGUUGUUUAGAGGAGGUGGAAGACCUGAUUGUAAAGUACAGGAAAAAGAAGAAGAUUGUGGCUGGAAUCAUUGUGGAACCAAUACAGUCAGAGGGUGGGGACAAUCAUGCUUCAGAUGACUUCUUCAGAAAGCUACGAGAUAUUGCCAGAAAGCACGGCUGUGCCUUCCUGGUGGACGAGGUGCAGACGGGAGGUGGCUGCACAGGAAAGUUCUGGGCACAUGAACACUGGGGCCUGGAUGACCCAGCUGAUGUGGUGACGUUCAGUAAGAAGAUGAUGACAGGAGGAUUCUUCCACAAAGAGGAGUUCAGGCCAAAUGCUCCCUAUCGGAUCUUUAACACCUGGCUUGGAGAUCCAUCCAAGAACCUCAUGCUUGCUGAGGUCAUUAAGGUUAUUAAAAGAGAAGACCUUCUAAACAAUGCAACCCACGCUGGGAAAGCCCUGCUGACUGGGCUGCUGGAUCUACAGGCUCGUUACCCCCAUCUGAUCAGCAGAGUGAGAGGAAGAGGAACAUUCUGUUCGUUUGACACUCCAAAUGAUGCAACUAGAAACAAGUUAAUCACAAUAGCCAGAAACAAAGGGGUCGUGCUGGGAGGCUGCGGCGACAGAUCCAUUCGCUUCCGUCCAACGCUGAUCUUCAAGGAUCACCACGCACACCUCUUCCUCAACAUUUUCAGUGACAUCUUAGCAAAUUUCAAGUAAACAGCAGUCCCCUCGCACUGAAGUUAGUCUGCAUUAAUUCAUGUCUUCUCUACUUACAAGAUAAGUGUAAAGUCAUAAACUAAGGUUUGUGUUCUCAACCCAGGCAGAGCAUUGGCACUGGUCACCAGCAGGUAGGUGCAGCUGUCCCACACUGUUGAGUUGGUAGAAGCUGUGGCACUCCAUCUUCUGGCUUGGGUCACACUGAUUACAGAGUCCCCUCUACAUUCAUGGCCAUGACUACCUGAUUGUCUAAUAUGGCCCAGUACAGCCCCUUUCCAGAGGUAACCCCAGCAGAUGCACUCUCGUGCCCGGCAGCAGCAGCCCGUACAAUGCAGCGCGUGAAGCUACACGCCUGCCAGUCAGAAAGUGCCAUUCCCUGCUGGCAGCUGGUACCCAGUGGGUGUUCCAGGGAGAGCUCUGCUUCCCACCACUGCCAGGACAAGCGCUUUACACAGCGAUUCCCAGCGCUGCUCCCUUGGGCAGGGCCAUCUGCCCCAGCAGCUGGAGCAGGGGCCAGCGGCUGCUCCGGGCCUGGCCCCACCUGCAGCACUGGAAGGAACUGAAGGUCUGGUCCUUCUUUCCUCAGCCUGGAGAUUAAAACUCUUGACUUCUUCUACAAUCAGACCUAUACAGAUAAAACUAUACCCUUAAGUAUGUGAUUUGACAAAGCUUAGAAAAACAUGUGAAGCACAUUACUUCCACCUCUGUCCGCAAUCUAGACUGGUCUGAGAUCAUGUUGCCAUCUGCCAUAGCCAUGGAUUUCUCUUCUACAAGCUCUAGGUGAAUACUUGAGGUGUUUUGUAAACUACAGGAUUGCUUGAUCCUAGCCAUUACCUGAUAUCAGAGCCACUACAGUGAAGGCAGAGUCCUAAUUGCACAUUUACAAUGCAAAGUAAUUCUAUUUUUGUUCUGAUAGUUUAUUCGAAGUCACUGAUACUUCAGAGACCUUCUAGAAAGCCACAUGAUCGGAAAGAGUCAACAGUUCAUUAAUUUGUUUCUCUUCAGAGGUGUUUUGGAUGUCUCUCUGUGUACUCUUUACUGUUUGCUUGAACUAGGUCUGGUGCCUUUUUUCCCUCUCAGCUAGCAAGCACUUGGAUUUUGCUUACUGAGCUGAACUUUGUGUUGUGCACCAAAAAAACAGGGACCAUGGUGGGCUUUACAGUUGCCCAGUUAGGAUCUGACCACAAUUUUUAAGUACCUGAUGUGAGAGAGCAGCUAAGAUUCACACCUUGAAUACACUUGCCAAAAUGUGAAAGGUUUCUUACCUGCUUUGAGAAGUGGUUUUCCCAUUGGGUUUCUUGAGUGCUGGUACUGGUAAACUCAAGCACACUCACUAGCUUCAAAAUAAAGGGGUUUCUGUCAAGCUCUCUGCAGAAACCCCAGUUCUGGGACCAGCUGGUCAGAACCUGAGCGGGUUUUUGAGCAGACGUUGCAGAAGUCUGGGGGAAGGACUAAUAAACUGGUGUUAACAAAAGCUCAUUGUCACUGCUGUCCUCGUAAGCAUGUUGUCAGCAAGGGGAAGGUCAGACCGAGAACUGUGUUUGACAGCAUCUUGGGAACUGGUUUAUUCAACAUAUCAGUGCAGUAGCAGUAGUAAAUGUCUCUAGCAAGUCUCUAGCUUUUACAGAAGCGAAGGUCCAGUACUUUGAAGUCUUACCACAUCUUCACUUUUGUUAUGGAUACUCUAGGUGUUUUUAUAAUUUUUACUGACACUCAGUAACUGUCUAAUUGUGUCCAACACCUUGAUGAAACCACGUUAGAGGGUAACAUAGGAAGCACUGCAGCUGAAGCAUAUGAAGUUAAUAUUGUUUACAGCAUACUGUGGACAGUGCCAAAUAAAUGUCUGAACAAAUAGCUAACUACACUUCAUGGUGUAACUAGUAACUGUGCACAGAUUCAUAACAAAUGACAUCUCACCUGUAAUCAGUAUUCUUAAAUAAAAUAUUUAUAAUUGAA